AACCGGUUUAUUUCACACAUCAGGGUUUUAGGGUUUAUAAGUCCCGAAUAACAUAAUCUCUGUUACAGACAGACACACAGAGAUGGGGAGAUCAAAGAAGGGUCCUAAAUUCGCAGUAAUGAAGAAAUUGGUCUCUCAUAAAGCAAUCAAACAACAUAAAGAAGAGGUUUUGAACCCUAAUAAAAAAGAUUUAACGAAGGAGAAUCUCCCCAGAAACGUGCCUUAUGUUUCCUCUGCUCUGUUCUUCACGUACAAUACAGCUUUAGGACCUCCUUAUCGAGUGUUGGUUGAUACCAAUUUCAUCAAUUUCUCCAUUCAAAAUAAACUGGACUUGGAGAAAGGAAUGAUGGACUGUUUAUAUGCAAAAUGCACUCCAUGCAUUACGGAUUGUGUGAUGGCUGAACUCGAGAAACUUGGUCAAAAAUAUCGUGUUGCUUUGAGAAUUGCUAAGGAUCCUAGAUUUGAAAGGCUUCCGUGCACUCACAAAGGGACUUACGCUGAUGACUGCAUAGUUGAAAGAGUUACUCAGCAUAAGUGUUAUAUGGUAGCAACUUGUGAUAGAGAUUUGAAGCGUAGGAUUCGCAAGAUACCUGGGGUACCAAUUAUGUAUAUCACUCAGCACAAGUACUCCAUUGAAAGAUUGCCAGAAGCAACAAUGGGUGGAGCUCCAAGAAUAUGAUGUUUGAGUGUGUUGCUGCAUGUUAUCGAUGACGAGCUUUAAGGACAGAUAAUGCACAAAUUGCUGACUGCUGUUCAAGGAUGUGUUCUCCUUUUAUAUUUUUAUUUUAUGCGUUUUGUCUUGUGACACAUAAAUACGUGAUAUGAAAGUUGUACUUUAAAAACGAGUAACGCUUGACGAAUAUGUUUUCCAUGACCGUGAGCCGUUUGCAUUUCA